AUGAGAAUACAGAAUUGUCUUCUCUUCUUUUGCUAUUUGCUUUAUCUUUCUGAUUGUGGAGCAUUUCCAUCUACCCAAGUAUCUGAACAAACAUUAAUAGCAAAUUUAUUGACUGGAUACAAUAACAAUAUUCGGCCAGAUACUCAAGUGUACGUUGAUAUUACAGCUUCAAUACAACAAAUAGUUUCAAUCGAUGAAAAACAACAGAUUAUGACAUCAAGUUCAUUUAUUUCUCAAUCAUGGCUUGAUACUCGAUUAACAUGGACACCAAGUGCUAAUGGUAAUAUUACUGUUGUUAUGAUACCAGCGCAAAAGUUGUGGUUACCUGAUACAAUGAUAUUAAAUUCAGCAGAUUCCAGUGGUUAUUUGUCAAUCAAUACUUAUAGUUUAGCUUCGGUUGAUUAUACAGGUGAUGUUUAUAUGAUAUUACCAGCGUUAGCGUCGAAAACACGCUGUAGUUUGUUCAUUCAAAAAUUUCCGUUUGAUAAUCAAAUAUGUAGCAUCAAUUUAACAUCAUGGAGUCAAGGAGCGAAUCGACUUGUUUAUACUGAAAAUGCCAGUACACUUAUUGAUAUUAGUAAUUAUAUUGAACAUCCUUUAUGGAAAUUAAAAAGUGUUUCAAUGGAUGUGAUAAGAACAUCAGAUAGAUCGCUUUUUGAAGACACUUAUAAUGAUGUUAUAUCGAUCCAAUUGUUUUUACAGAGAAAACCAUUAUAUUAUAUAAUGAACGGAAUAUUUACCUGCUUAAUCUUAAAUUGUGUUACUCUAUUGGCAUUUGCGUUACCAUUUGGUUCACAAAUUGGUCUAUGCAUGACUUGUUUUAUGACGUAUUCAGUGAAUUCACUUACUUUUGCAAAUAUAUUUCCACAACAAUCACAAUAUUUAAUGAUGAUAACUUUAUAUUUCAUCUUAUCAAUGUGUUGGACAUUAAUAUCAAUGUUAUGGUUCAUUGUUUGUAAUCAUUUUAUAUCAAAAGCCCAAUUACCAAAGUUACUUUUUGAUUUCUCGGGAUUAUUACAAAGAAGGUCUGCGAAUUGCUUUUCAAAAUCAAAAGAAAUCGAUUUAAAUGAUAAAAAAGAAGUAAGUCAAAUGGGAGAUGGUGAAUUGAAGGAUUCGAACGAUGCAGAAAAAAUGAACAAAACACCAAAUCGAUGUGUUUCGUGUCGAAAACUCUUUUCUGUAUGUCUUCGAAAACGUGUGAAAGUCGAAAAUAUCGAUAAAGCACAAGAGAAGUCUGGCAAUGAUGGAAAAUCUACUAAAAACGAUAUAACGCCAGAUGAAAUAGGAAAAUCUGACGAUGUAAAGGUAAAUAAAGAAAAAGCGGAUCCAAAAUGUAACUUCUGCGAUCGAUGUGAACCUUGUCAAGAAGAUUUUGAUAAAGAUAAAGGGAAAGGAAAAAAUAAAAAAGAUAUCGAAGGCAAAUGUAGUAUUUUGAAUUAUUUAGCUUUUGCUUUUGUUUUAUUAUGUGUGUUUGUUUCAAACGUUGUUGUUUGGGUAACAAUGGCAUCAUAG